UGUGCCUUAAAGUUUUUAAUUUCAAAAUGGCAAUUGAUAAAAAGUUUUUUAAUAUUAUCCAACUGGGUAUUGGAUUUAUGCUCGUUUUUACGGCAUUUCAAACUAUGGGAAAUGUAGAGAAACUUAUUUUGCACGGUGUAAAGGAUUUUACUGGUAAUGAAGCAUUCUUCAGUUUAGCAAUUAUUUAUGGAGUAUUUGCUGUUUGUAAUUGGUUUGUACCAUCGUUUAUUGUUUUAACUGGACCAAGAGUUGCAAUCGUUGCUGGAUCAAUCACAUAUGCAAUAUACAUAGGAAGUUUUUUAUGGCCCAAAGCAUGGCUACUGUACUUAGCAAGUGCAUUUGUUGGACUUGGAGCAGCCCUUUUAUGGACGGGCCAAGGUAAUUUUCUAGCGCUCAAUUCAACAAAAGACACAAUAUCUAAACAUAGUGGAAUUUUUUGGGCAUUAUUUCAAGCCAGUAUGUUCAUUGGAAAUACAUUUGUAUACUUCCAAUUUCGAGGAAAAGACGAAAUUGAUUCAGAUACUAGAUUUACAGUAAUUACAACAUUAGUAAGCGUUGCAAUAGUUGGAAUCGUUGUUUUGUUUAUAUUAAGAAAAGCUCCACGUCGAGAUGAUUCCGAAUUGGAUAUAGCUGAACAAAAAGGACCUGUAAGAGCUUUGAAAGAUGCUCUUGCCUUGUGUAGUAGAUCUGAAAUGCUUUUGUUAUGUUUAACAUUCUUGUACACAGGUUUUGUAUUAUCGUUUUACAGUGCAGUAUAUGGAGCAUGUAUUGGAUUUACAAAAGAAUUUGGCGAUAAAUCAAAUCAAUAUGCAGCGUUAUCAGGAAUUUUAAUUGGUGCUGGUGAAGUAAUAGGUGGAUUACUAUUUGGUAUAUUUAGUUCAAAAACUAAUAAAUGGGGUCGUGAUCCAAUUAUUAUUGGUGGUUAUAUCGUCCAUACAGUAGCAUUCUUUUUGAUAUUUUUAAAUUUACCUAAUGAUUCCCCAAUCAACGUUACCAAUGAUUUAGGAUUUAUAACACCAUCACCAGCACUUGCACUUCUAGGAUCAUUUAUGUUAGGAUUUGGUGACAGUUGUGUCAACACACAAUUAUACGCAACACUUGGUGACUUGUUUAGUGAUUGUAGUGCGGAAGCUUUUGCAGUGUUUAAAUUUACGCAGUCUGUGUCCGCUGCUGCAGCAUUAGCAUAUGCUAACGUUCUACAAUUAUAUUAUCAAUUAGUUAUAUUAGUCAUAUUUGCCACUUUAAGUACAGUGGCAUAUGUUCGAGUCGAAAUCAUGAAUCGACGAAAAAUGCGAGAUUCAGCUGAAUCAAUAUGAGUAUAGUAAUUAUUAAUCUAGUCAUUUUUGAAAAUCAAUGCAUAUCCAAAUAAAGUUUGGAAAUUACAUAUCUAUACUAGGAUCAUCACAUCCAAUUUUGGAAAUAAAAUAUGUAUUAAGAAAUCGAAUCGUCAAUUGGGUCAAGAUGUAUAGCUAAAGCCGUGAAGAGCUAGCUAGGCAAUAAAAACACAAACAAAAUAUAACGUUUUUGGUGCCUUUUUAAUAGCUACCUAGGUCACUCAUCUUUUUCAUUUCAGUAGAUGAUCCUAAAUUAUGUGAUUUCCUUGGUUCUAAAAAUGUAAAAGGUAUAAAUGGUUUAAUGGUUUUAAGAGGACGUGGCAUGUAAUCACAUGGGACUAAAACAAAUUAAUUCAUAUAAUUUUGAUAAAUUAUUUCGGAU